AGUCGAUGGCAGUCUCUCAAAUCAUCGUGAAAGCUAAUCCUGGCGUCUCUCAAAUCAUCGUGAAAGCUAAUGCUGGCAUAAACAAGUCGAUGGACGUCUCUGAAAUCAUCAAGAAAGCUAAUGCUGGCAUAAAAACGCCCCUGAUCCACGGCGACAUUGUACCAAAUUUAAACAGGAAUGCCGACCCCUGCGUGACCAAAGGCUGCUUGUGGCCCAAAACUGGAAGUUACGUCUACGUGCCCAUCACCAUCGGCCCUGAAUACACCACCGCAGAGAGCAACAUCAUCAUUAAUAGCCUGUUGACCUUCCAUCAAUACACCUGCAUUCGCUUUGUCUGGCGUAGUACGCAUCAGGAUUACCUCAGCUUCUUCUCUGGAAAUGGGUGUUGGUCCUACGUGGGCCGUCAGCGAGGCAGACAGCAGGUCUCCCUGUUGAAAAACGGUUGUCUGUACACAGCCACGGUGCAGCACGAGGUUCUCCACGCUCUUGGCUUCCAUCACGAGCAUGUCCGCUCCGACAGAGACUCUUACGUCUCCAUCCUCACCGCGAACAUUCAGCCAGGAUUUGAAUCAAACUUUGUGAAGGUGGCAACUAACAACUUGGGUACUCCCUACGACUUCAAAUCUGUCAUGCAGUACGGCAAAUACUCCUUCUCCAAAAACGGCUUGCCAACCAUCACCGCUAAGGCGAAUCCUAACCUUGUGUUUGGAACCGCCGUACAGAUAAGUGCCAAUGACAUCGCCCGCAUCAACAAGCUGUACAAAUGCUAAAAUCUUCCAGAAGUUGUUUCAGCUUGUUAGAACUGAUGGAAGAACAUGUUGGGGAUAAAUGCAG